AUGAUGUCGUCCACCGCACCCGAAGACCUGCCGUUCAUAUUUCGCGUCAAUGAAAACGGCACCGGUCCGGCCCUGCUCAUACAGGUACAUAAUCAACUUCAAAAGUUUUUAACGGUUAGACGUAAUAAAAGAUUCGGCGAAAUAAAAACAUAAUAUUAUUAAUACUUACUUAUUCACCCUGCAAGUACUACGUUUGCGUUAUCGCCAUGAUAAUCCAUUAUGGAUACCAUCUUUGGUACUAAGGAAAAGGGCUUAAAUCAAUUUCGUAAAGUUUUCGAUACAACCAAAUGAAAUGUUGAAAGUACAUACACCUGUAAGUACAUAAGCAAAUGCACUAAUUUUGAAAAUACAUAAACCAAUGUAAUAAUUUAGAUAAAAAAAGAAGGACUGAUUAUUGACCCAACUGUUAUUCAAUUACAAUCUACUAUUUCCACUGACGUGUACUAUAUGAAGGAAACGUUCAGCGAAACAAAAAAAAAAAACAAGUCUACUUUUUGAAAUUGUUUAGCAGAUAAAAAACUAUACCUAUAGGACUUGUAUUCUUUUUGCCCAGAAUUUGUUUAAGCUAUCAUACAAAUCCAUACAUCACUAUUUUCUCCGUAUUUAGUAGAAACUCGGAACUUUGAACAAGUCAUUUCCGAACAAAAAACGUAUUUGUCUUGUUGCAUUGAGCCUUUCAUGUAUACAGGGCCGUUCUUAGGGGGGGGCAAGGCCCAGGCCCUAAGCCUCGCGCUAUUUGCUUAAAUUUUUGGCCUUGCGUUUGAAAAAGUAGUAAAAUUAGUUUCAAAAAUUAUUUUAUUUUCAUAGCAUUUAAAUUGUGUAUUUUAUAUAAUUAUUUAAUUUCAAAAAUUUUAUCAAAAUAACAAUGUAUUUUCCCGAUUUCUCCCUCGUAAUUACGUUCAACGUAAAAAAAUAGAAAUAUCCAAUAGUAACAUUAUCGUAAUCGUAACAUAUCAGCCAUGGCGGUCGGUUGUCAUCAUCGGAAAAACAUUGAUAAUAAUAAAUAAUAUUAAUUGAGCAAAAUAAUAGGGUAAACCAAUUUUAUUAGUAGUAGUUUUGAGUGUGUGUUCGUUUGCUGUUGACAUCGGGUCUGGUUAUGAUAAUAUUAAAUUGAGUGGUCGAUUACGUGAUAAAUAUCGAAAAUUUAAAAGUGGUGGUGAAAAACGAAAACUUAAGAUUAUUAAAUAACACCAAAAUGAACGUCAAAAAAACUCAUUAUUUGAAUUUUUUAAAAAAGAACAAAAUGAUACUAUAGCCGAUAGUGGUCAAAUUGAAAGUCAAAUAAAUGCGAACUUUCAAUUGAGUGAUAGUGACGAUGUUAAUUCUGAAAAAGUAGAAGUUCUAUCCAGUAGUGAUAGUGAUGAAUAAGAAAAUGUGCAACUAGUAUCAGAUGGUUUACGACCGAAAGAAGACAUUGAGAGCAGAAAAGUAAAAGAAGAAGAAAACAACAACGACGACCCAGGUAAUUGGUCACAAAAUAUUAAUGAUAAAUUACGAAAUUAUUUAGUUAAAAAUCCAUCUACAAAAAUUAUAAAUUAUAAAUUUCUAUCAAACGAUGAAGGUCGUAAAUUUAGUGUAAUACAUUAUAAUAGAACAAUGGCCAACGGUGAAAAUGUGAUUAGAAAUUGGCUUUUGUAUUCUAAAUCUUUUAAUCGAGUAUUUUGCCUUUAUUGUCAUUUGUUCCCGUCAAAGUCUACAUCAUCUUUGGCAUUAAUAGGAUUUUCAAAUUGGAAACAGAUUAGUGAACGUUUAAAAGAAUAUGAAUUAUCUAUUCCACAUAAUACAGCUCAAGAAAAAAUGGAUACAAUUACGUAUGAGAUUUGAUCUUCAUAAAACUGUAGAUAAUAAUAUACAAGAUAAUUUAAAUAUUUGAAAAGAACGUUGGCGGAGUAUUCUUAAACGAAUUAUUACAUGAAUAGAGUUUUUAGUAAAACAUAAUGACGCUUUUCGUGGUACAAGUUCAAAAUUAUAUACAGCAAAUAAUGGUAAUUUUUUAGGACUAAUACAGAUGAUUGCAAAAUUUGAUAUUAUUAUGGCCGAUUAUUUACGUAAUGAUGAAAUACAUGAUCAUUAUUUAGGACCUAGCAUCCAAAACGAACUUAUUAGUAUUAUUUCUACAAAAAUAUGUGAUGAGAUAAUUAAUCGCGUUAAACAGAGUAAAUACUUUACAAUUUUAUUAGAUGGAACACCUGAUAAAAGUCAUAAGGAACAGUCUACAUUUCUUAGAAAUUUCGAAAAAUUUGAAAUAUGAAAUAAAUGAAUAUUUUAUAUGCUUUAUUCACACUUCAAAUAAAUCUGGUUUAAAUUUAACUGAGGAAAUAAAAGAACAAUUCAAAUUAAUGAACUUGGACUUGAAAAAUUGCCAAGUCGGCCGAAAACAGGAAGCACAAUCUCGAAUUAUUUCAGAGAACCCAAGAGUUUUUUUGUACCAUGCACUACGCAUAGCCUUAACUUACUUCUCGGGGACAUGACAUCUGUACCGGCUGUACCGGCUGCUAUGGCAUUUUUUGGCGUAAUUUAAAGAAUUUUUACAAUUUUUAGUGCUACUGAAAGAUGGACUAUUUUUUCAAAAUACGUUUCAGACUUUAAUUUAAAGCCAAUGUCAGAUACCAGAUGGAAAUCUCGGGUCGAAUCAAUUAAACCCAUUCGUUUUAAAUUAUACCCAGUACACGAUGCUUUAGUAGAAAUCAGUGAAUUAACAAAGGAUCCUAAAAUAAAAAGUGAAAGUUCGUCUUUGGCAAAUUAUGCAUUUUCUUAUGAUUUCAUUUUAAGUGUUGUUAUUUGGUCUGAACUAUUAUCUGUUAUUAAUAAAGUUAGUAAAAGUCUUCAGAGCAAAAGCACGGAACUGAGUAAUGCUGUUGAGUUAUUAAGUGGUCUUAAAGAUUUUUUUAACAAUUUCAGAAAAAACUGCACAAAAAUUAUGUGAAGACAUUGGAACUUAAGCAAUUUUUAAAUAAUCUAGAGUUCUAAAAAAAUUAAGCAGUUUGAUUCUGAAAGUAAUGAUACACGUACAAUUUCUAAUGAGCAAAAAUUUUAUCAAGAUUACUUUUUGGCUGUGAUAGAUCAAACGAUUAUAUCAAUUAAUCAAUGAUUUGAGCAACUUUGGAUUUUUAUAUAAUAUUAAAAAUUUGAAGUUAUUUGAAGAUGAAAAAUUACCAAAGCAUUGUAUGGAUUUAGAAAUAUUAUUAAAGAACGAUGAAAAUUGUGAUUGAAAUGGAAUUGAACUUUUUGAAGAGUAAAAAAUAUUUUGUAGAAUUUUAAACAAACAAAAAACAUCUAUUGAGCGUCUUAAUUUAAUAGAAUCAACAUGUGGUUCAUUUCCAAACAUUUCUAUUGCAUUAAGAAUAUUAUUAACUCUUCCAAUAAAUACUGCUAGUGCUGAGAGAAGUUUAUCAAAGUUAAAAAUCAUAAAGAAUUUUUUGAGAACAACAAUGAUGCAAGAUCGACUUUCUGAUUUAGCAAUUAUUUCAAUUAAACGUGAUUUGUAUGAAAAUGUAGACGAUUAAUGUAUUAUAGAUAAUAGAUGAGUAAAUAAAGAAAAACAUGUUAAUUGAGUCCACUGUAAAAUUAUUUUAUUUUCUUUACCAAAAUUAUAAUAUUUUAUAUAAAAAAAAAAAAAAAACCUUAUUUUAAAUUAUAAUUAGUGAGGUACCUACUAAACAUUUUGCGCGAUCAGAAUUAUUCAUGUCCUUCUAUGGUUAUAGAUAAAUUUAAUGUUACAAGUAUUUUUGCCCUGGGCCUCGCAAAUCCUAAGGACGGCCCUGCGUGUAUAUACCUACGUGUAAACGAAGUUUCCAUUUUACUAGUAGGCUAUAAAUGCCGAUACCGCUAAUUUACUACUAGUCGCUAGUAAAAAUUAAAAACGUUGUGUAUAAAAGACUCCUUAGGUAGCUUUUAAUAAUGCUUAAAAUAUGUUCGUUUAUUUCGUGAAAUAUUUUAUUAAUUUUUUUUUUUUUCUAACAAUGAUGAUACCAAAUCUCUGUUGGCUCAACCCGUUUCUAGAAUGAUGACCCACGAUGAUAGGUGCGCAUUUGGUACCCCUGAAUAUAAUCGUCGAAACGUUUUUCAGUCGGUUGGCCGUUUUUAUAGGAAAUCCAUAGGGCGUUGGCUUUCGAAUGCGCUAUAUUUUCUCCACGUUAAGUAUAUUUAUAUAUAUUAUACUAGCCUCGCUCGGCGGUGCGUAAAAAUGAUACUAUACCCCGAAAUUCGAUCGAAAACGUCCAACAAAUAAUAGCUAUACCCACCCUAUAGUAUUCGAUACCUGUUUAUUAUUGUACCAUAUUAUUCCUCUUACGAAAUUUCACUCGUAUCCGUUUUCAUUUAUUUUCUAAAUACUGUAUAGUAUGCAUAUUUUUUUUUCUUUUUUAAACGCCUUAUUGUCAUUGUUGUCUAUCGUUUUCCCGCGACAGUGCCCUUUGUCAAAUGUCACGAACCCGUAACUUCACCGUGUAACGACAAUAAAUUAUUAUUAUUAUAUUGUUGCAACCGCUUUGGUAGAAAAAUAAUUAAUAACAUCAAAUAACGGAACUCCGGUUAUUUACGUAGGUACGUCAUGCACGCCCCCUAUAUAACGUUGGUUAUGGUUACGACGGUACAGUGGUUUAUACCUAUAGCUUUCCCGAAAAAUUACCCUUGACGGCUUAAUUUAUCAUUUAAGAAUUUCACUAAAAGGCCUAUAUCCGUUCAUCCGUCUAGUUUCGUAUACAAAACUACUACUACAACAACAACAAUAAUAAUAAUAAUAUCACGGCCCGUAAACAUAAUACAAAACAAACUUCAAUAAAAUACAUAGAACAACCCGUCUCUCUCCCUGCGCCGCCUGCAUCGUACUUUGAUGGAUGGUACGAAUAUUUACUUUGUAUACGCAAUAAAACUCAUCACUAAAAUUUGAACUUAAAACUUGUAACGGUAAUUUUUUUGUUUUGUUUUAGGCUAAAGCCGCGAUUAAAAAUAAACUAAACGCGCUAAACUCGCUUUUAAAAUAUUAAUAUGUUAAAAUCGACCACGUGUACGGUAAUUUACUAUUAAUAGAAAAAUAUCGAAAUCAUCUGUCGAAAAAUAAUAUACGUCAUGUUGCGCCUAAUAUAUUAAUAAUUGCUGCCGCCGCGUCGUGUUUGCUUUAAGUUCGACUAGUUGGCUUCCUUUCAAAUCUGCAUGUAGGUAAUUAAAUGUCCACCGCAUAUCACUCGUUAAUACGUGGUACUUUUUACAUUUAAAACAAAAAAAAAUAUCAACAUUUUCAACCACCAACAAUUUUGUCAAAAAUACUUUUCAAAUUAUAUUUAAAUGCUAAUACUAGUACAUCCAUUCAAAAAGUAUUUAGGAACAAAUAUAAAUACUCGGCGUGUAUUCAAAUACUUCUCAAAUACUUUUUUAAUUUGACUCAAUAGUUUAUUAAAUUAGGUCUGUGAAAUUAAUUUUGAAAUUUCUGAUAUAAAAUGCAAUAUUCAACUAUUUAAGUAUUUAUUAUUAGAACUUUGUAUCACCUACUUUGUUUUAUAUUGAAAAAUGAAAAUAAACAAAAUGUGCUGUAUAUUAAUUCUAAAAUAAUUUAAUUCCUUGAAUGGUUAAACGAAUAUUAGGAUAUAGAAAUUUUAAAUUUAUCAUAUCAUAAUCGUUCCAUAAAUUUUGUAUCACACUAUUAAGCAACAUUGGUUUUCCAAAGUGUUAAUAUGAAAAUGUUUUUUUUAAGCCUGUAAAUGGUAGUUUAAUUUAUGUCUAGUCCGUCACUACACAAUUCAUCAAUUUGCGUUUGUCUAACUUUGUUCUACUCGAUUCGUAAGGAUGACGACAUUACAAGAUUCAAAUCACGGAUUAUAAUUUAUUGUUUUAUUACUUUAAAUAUUAAAUUACAACAGGGAAUUUUCAAUUCUUGAAUUUAAGAAAAGUAUGGAAGUUUUUUCGUUAUUUGAAAUUUGAAAUUUAAAUACAAAUACAUCCAAGACAGUAUUUAAAAUAAUUUCCAAAUACUUAAUUCAAAAGUAUUAUAUUUACUAUUAAAGUAUUUAAAUAAAUUAACUUGAAUAAUCUCACUUAAAUACUUCACAAGACUGACCAUGGUGCACUAAUAGAAAAAAUACAAAAUUCAAAUACCAAUGAUUUUAUGCAUAUCCAAUAGUAACUUAAAACUAUGUAUCCGAAAAUACUCUACAUGUUACAGUAAUCCGAAAUCAGUUUGAAAAAAAUGAAUCGUAUGAUAUAAUAUUAAUACUUAAACGGCUAGAGUAUAUACAUAGAGACGGAAUUACAUUUCGUAUAUUUCGAUAGUCGAAGAAUAUCCCAGAUAACGUAAUUGUUUUAAAAAAUAUUUUAGAUUUUGAGCUACUUUAAUUGAAACAUUUAAUUACAAAUGUUCCGCAGUUCAGUCUGUAGAUUCUUUUUGUUGUUGUUUGAUUUUUGUUGAUUUUUGCAGGGUUACCUUGACAACAAAGGAAAAAAACAUGACUAAUACUAUUACACUUAGAAUCGUUUUUUCGUUUGCAAUUAUUUAUCGUUGCGUUUAUUAUAUUAACUAAAUUACCCGGUUUUUCCUACGUUCCGUAAGUUCAAAAUUACUCAGUCACAACAAUAUUUUACCCGUGAUAAGUAUACCUAUCAAUUAUUUUAUCUUUUUUUUUUUUUUUAAGAAGACCACGCUAACAAAUAAAUGUGUACAUUUGUUCACAAACCAAUAAAUAAAGCGACAAUUUCCAAUCAUUCUUAGUAUACCCGUAUAAUGUUAUACAGACAAUUUAAAAUAAUUAUCAGUACUGUUUAUGGGUAAUAAUAUAAUAUUAUUGUUACACGACAAACGCAAUUUGAAGUAAAAUCGAAAAAUAUUUUACCUAGGUACGUUUAACUAAAACUGUCUUUUAACAGUAAUAGUUAUUUAUUUAAACACGUAGGUACUUCAUAAUAUUGUAGUUGUUUGUAUUUGGACGAAAAUUACAAUAUAUAUAAUUAAUCGUUCUCGUGCGUUUAACGAUGCCUAAAAAACACAAUGUUGUUUGUUUUUUUUUUUAAAUUUCCAACCCAAUACAUCACAGCAUUAUAAAACACAUGUAAGUGGUACGUAAAUGCAAAAUAAUACAUGAAUACACACACACACACACACACACACAUACAUACACACGCACGCACAUGUGCACGUAAAUAUACAACACCAAAGCCGACGGAGCCAAUUAUUACACGUUGUUGCAGCAACUCGUUCGCAUCUAUCGUUCCAUUUAAGGAAGCAAAAUCGUUUUUUAUUUGACAGGCUCAACAGCAAUGUAUGUUUACGUAUAUAUAAACGCAUGGGAAUAUAAACAAAGGGGUAUAAUAUAACCAUAUACAGGGCGCGGUCAGACCAGUCAACGCUUUACAUCCACCCUUGAAAUUCUACAUGACACACACAUGCACUCGCAUAAAUUAUAUACAGAGUGAUCGUUUUACCAUAGACCAAUUACUAAUUUAGGAAGUUUAAAUCUUUUUGGAAUUUUUGGAAAAAACAAACAAACAUAAAUUACUUAUAGUAAGUUAUCCAAAUCCAAAUUCUAAAGGUAAAAAAAUGUAAUCAUUAAAAAAAAAAAUAAAAAUUAGAAUUUGCGUUUUUAAAUUUACGAAAUUCCUACUCAGUCAAGUUAAAAGUUACUCUACUAAUAAUUUCUCAGUUUUAUUUUAUUUUUUGGCAUUUUACAUGAUUACUGAUAUAUUAUUACCAGCAAGUUUAUCACUUAUCAAAGGACAAAAGUAUGAAUAAAAACAAUUUUUGAACUAGGUAAAUUUGAUAAACUUAGUAUAUAGUCUAUUAAUUUUUAAUCACACCUCUAAUCGAAUUUUGUUAAAUCCGGUUCUGGUUGUUCAUUAUACAAAAUUCAAAAAGGUAUGCUUAAAUAUUUUUUGGGAAAAAAGAGGUUCUCUGGCCCCUAAUUCAAGCACUGGGUCAAUUAUAAAUAUUAUUGUUAUACUAUACUGUUUCGUGGAUUGGUGAAACCGAUUGCAGGUUUUUUUUCAUAAAGUAAACAAUAUAAAUAAGGAAUGAGUGAAAAAAAAUUCACUUCGAACACAAUAUUUUUAUAUUACGGACAUUUAAAGGUCAUCUAUAAAUAAGCCAUGGUUUACCAUGUAUCAUGUAGGUACUUGUAUUUCUAUAACUUUCUUAAAUUUUGUAAAAUUUGGAUUUUUUUCACAUUUUCAUGACUAUCAUAAUCAUGAAAUUUUUCCAAUGAUCUAUAGCCCGAAAUCCAUUUAAGAAAAAGGAAUAUGGCCGUUUUUACGUUAUUUAUGAACUUAAAUCAGCAGGUAUACGCUUGACAAAAACGUUGGUACUCACCUACCAAUUUUAAAAAUGUAUAUAUUUUUUUUAAGAUUUUAUGUUUAUUGUAUUUUAUUUAUUUUUUUUAAACACACUAAUAAUAGUAUUGAUUUACAACCUGUACAAAAGUAUUAACUUUUCUAAACAUAAUUUGUAUUAUUUUUAUAUGAUUGGUAGUUAAUUCGAUUUUAAAAAUAAAAUAAGUUUGAAUCCAUAAACAAGUUUAGUUUGCAUCGGUUGAAGCACUUUUUCAAUUUCAUUAAAUUAUUUACGAGAAUGAAUAUUAAUUGAGAUUUGUAUAGAUUGUAAAUUUUAAAUGAUAAAUAAUUGAAUUAAAGAAAUUUUAAUAUGUAAAAUAUGUUUCAACCUAAGUAUAGGUACCUAAAAGUACCCAUGUAUCGACAAAGUAAACUAAACUUGUUUAUGAGCUCAUAAGUACGUUCCUUUUUUAAAAUCAAACUAUAGAAAGUACCUCAAUUUUUGUCAGGCGUUUAGCACGUUUAGGUUUUCUUGGCGAAAUAUUCAUAACGGGUGCAAUGGCCUUGAUAUUAUUAUUAUGAUGUCUUUAUAUAAAAAUACGGUGGUGGUACAGGAUAACACAAUCGAGUCUAAACAUUUCAAUUAGAUUGUAAUAAUAUUAUACUAUACUCGAAUUUUGUAUACAGAGCGAUUCUUUUAACGUAAAACAUUCAUUAUUUCACAAAGUAUUGACUUUUUUCAAAUUAUUUUGACAAUUCAAGAAACGAGCAGCUCUAAAAUAUCGCAUUACGAUUGGAAGAGUAGUGGAACACUAUUAAAACACCGCAUGCUACGGCCGUGCUGCCAUACAAAUGAUGCUCCCGGUCUUUUCCUACCAAAACUUAAAAUUGAAAUAUUUCAUCAACGACUUGACAGAAAUCAAUAACUUGAACGCUAAAAUGUAUUUAAGCUAACACUCCGUCUACUUUUAGAAUUUGUAGGCAUUUUGUAGGUUGCCAUUUGAAAAUCAAAAGCAAGUAAUUGUUUCACCCUUCAAAAAUGAGGGUGAUAAAAGAAUAAUGGUAGUGUAACAUUUUAGACCUGCUUGUUUCUUGAAAUGUCAGUAAAAUUGAUUUUUGAAAAAGUCUAUAUUGCAAAGUACUUAAUGUGUGUUUUCCUUUAAAUGAAUCACCCCGUAUAGUGUAGAGUUUAUGUGGGUGGAAACAGCUUUUGUUUGUUGUUUUUUUUCCUGAUCGGAAGUCGAAGCAGGGUUACCGACAACAUGAUAUGAUGAGAACGUUCUACACAUGUGCACGCGAACACGUAUAGAAUAUAGACUUACGUAUAAUAAUCGGAUUAAACUAUUUCGUUUUUAUAUUUAUUAUUAUUAUUAUUUUUUUUUUUUUUAUUGACAGGUGUGCCAAGAACGAGGAUGGAAGGAAUUCGAUGGCACGAACAAGAGUGGAGAUUCGGCGUGGUCGGUACCGGCGGACGAGUACUGGAACCUGUGGUGGAAAUCGACCGGAUUCUCAUUGUCACACUAUAAACAGCAGAAAAUAUGGCAGGUAUGUAAUAUACACUUAGUAUAAGAACCCGAUAGUAUUAUAUAGGUGCGUUUGUGUAUAAUAUGUUUGUGUACUGUUAUUACUUUUUUUCUUUAGGAUGCGUGCGAGUGUAUAUGUGCGUGUGGUAUUGUUAUUGAGUAUAUAUUGUAAAGUAAUAUUAUUCAAAUUCUAAGCGUUUUAGCACAAUAUACAAUAUAUGUACGUAAUAUAUUUUUUUUUAAGUUCCUGGAACUUAUUAUUAUACUUUGAAUUUGAUGUGUAGAAAAUUCGAAAAAUUUACCCCUCCCCCCUUGAAAAUUAUGCUAUACAAUAUAUAGGUAUAGCCUAUCAAGGCUAUGCAUAUAGUCUAUCGAAUCUAUUGCAAGUAUAUUGUCAGAUCCGUGCUUUCGUAUAAUGAUAAAAUUCAGUAUGUCGUGUCCGGCGUGAGUUGACCCUAUUUCGAGAUGAUACGAUUUUAUUUUUUUUCGUCUAUCGCAUCGAUCUGCUGAACGAUGAGUCUCCGUUGUUUGUAUACUUACACUGCGCCAAAAAGCAGCAAAUGACGUGGCGGCAACGCGCGGUUUCGGUCGACAUACAAAGUACAAUAAUAAUACCUACGUAAGUCUUCCUCGUGCCAUUCAUUAAACAACAGCGCACAUCGUUUAAAAAAUAAAUAAAUACAAAUUUGAUAUGGUAUACAUAAUGUUAGGUUAGUCUUAUAUAUUUGUAUAGCUACGAAAUUUUUUUUCUUUCUCGAAAAUUUUAUUCUGUUUUUGCUGUUUCUUUUGUUGAUACGUUUAUAAUUAGGUAGGUACGUCAGUAGUCCGUGAAGAAAAAUUGCACCGUUUUUGUCUGCAGGCGUAUAUUAUGAUAAAUAUCAUUUCGCGCUUAUAAAGGCCGUCACAGUGGGCAUGUGCAAUCUUUCUGCUCGACAAAAAAAAAAUAAAGAGCUGAUAAUAUUGUUGAUGGCUGCACCCCUGUUAUAGGGGGAAAUUUCAGAGAAGAUAAUUUACAUAAAGUUAUUUUAUUUAUAUCUGUAACUAACGAUAAACAAUUAUUAAUUAUAAACGAUUCUGAGCAAAGUUCGUUCAUACAUAAUUUGAAAAGUCAUAAUAUUUAUAAUUUCUAUCAAAAUUUGAUUUUUAAACUAUUAUAAAAAUAACUACAUUGCAGUUUACUUUUUUAUUUGGUCACUAAGUACAGCUCGUACUGAGCCUCCUGUUAACUUUUCAAUCAUUUUUGUUUACUGAAACAAUGAUAUCCACGUAGGACCUAGUUCGAAAAGUUACUUAAACAUAAAAAAAAAACACACAUCAUAGUAGCUGUUACACAAUUUUUUUGUAUAUACAAUAACGUUUCAAAGAAAACCUUGUCGAUGUUUAACUGACUUGUAAAUAUUACACUCGUCGGCGCAUAUAUAUAAAAAAAAAAUUUUCGAAUUUUUUCUUUAAUAGAUACCUAAAUAAUAUUUUAAAAAGCGCCAAUGAGCUCGUCUAUACAAAUAUUCGAUUUAUACAUUUAAAAAAUGAUGUAUGGGAUUUUGAAGACAUUUUCGUUUGUUUUACGUGAAUAUAUUUUUUCUGUGUAGUCUGUUAGAAAGACACGACACGGCAUUUUAACAUUUGGUUUUAAAAACGAUUUUUAUCAAGUUUUUGCACGUUCUACGAAAACAUACCAAUACUAUCUAUUAUAUUUUUUUAAACGUUUAUUUUGCUUGUUAUUUUUGCAUGUAGGUAUUUAUACGACAUUAACAUAUUUUUUUGGAAACUCAUUAAAAAUUUUUACUUUUAUUGCAAAAGUACGAAGUACAGCGGUUACUUACUAAAAAACAUGAAAAUCAAAUACCCACCUAUUUUACAAAUAAUGAAUCAAGGGGGGUCGAUCGCCCCCACUGUUCGCUCUCAAAUAUAAUUUUAGCCUUAAUACACUCUGAAGUGUAUUUUUAUCAUAAAUAUACGUGCCUUUUAUGAAUUUUAAAAAUUGUCCCCUCCCACGUUUUCUUCUCCUGGUCAGUUCUUGUUAUAAAUGGAUUUGCCUACUAAACCUGCUUAAAAUUUACAAAUAAUUAUAAAUUUUUUUUUUUUCGAUUAAACAAUUAUUUAAUACAAGUUUUCAUUGUUCUUUAGCUUUUUCUUUAAGGUACAAAAGCGAUCUCAAGGACCGUCACAUGAAUGUUCUGAUGCUCAAACUUUCCAUUCUUAUAAUCCUCCUAGUUCUUCCUACCUUCUACCUACUAUUCAGUUUUCCAAAGGAUCAACCACUUUCUAAUGAAUACGUUUUUCUUUAACAAUUUUAAAUUUCUUUACUUCUACAUUUGUUUUCCUGUCUAUUCAACUUAUCUUUUCCAUACAGGGGCGUACUCAAGGGGGGGGAUUUCAAGUCUGGAACCCUCCCAUAAUUAAUGUAAAAAAUUUCUGUAAAUGUGUUUACAGGUGUGUGAUGCUGUGUGUAUGUAUAACUGUUAUGACUAUUAUUAGUGUUAUUAACAGUAAUCUAUUGGUUAUAAAUUUAACUAUAAUUAUAAUUCUUAGAGAAUAAUGAUGGAACCCCCCCACAUAAAAUAUCGCGUCUCAAAAGUUUUUAACAUUUUCCUAGCUUUUAGUAUCGUUUAUGAUUUAUGUUUCACAUCAUGUGUUACUAUACGCUCCAAACAUAAUAUGUUUUGAUAAGUCUUUUCUUAAUGUUAUUCAGUUUUGUUUUCAUAAAAAUGAACAAUUUAGUUAUUUUUUUUUUUUUACUAAAAGCAGCUUGUGUCAAACUCAAACACAUUUAGUCAUUGUUUGGUUCAAUUAUGUGUAGGUACUUAUAUUAGAUUCUGAGUGAAGCAAAAGAAGCUAUUAGUUUUACUAAGAUAUUUAUUUUAAAAAACAUUUUUUCAGAUGCUUCAAUUUUUUCAGGUCAUACCUUAAAAGAUUCAAAAUGUAUGCCCGAUUGUACAAGAAACAUUUUGAAAAAUACAGGUCAUUUGGGGGGAGGGGGUUUCGAAAGACACGUUUUCAGUUAGGUACCUAAUACUUAUAGAAAAAAUGCUACAGAUUGUUCACAUUGUACCUUAAAAUAUGCGAAUUGUUCAUCCGGAGGAACAUUAUAUAAAAAAAUAUCUGCUCCAGGAGAAAAAAAAACUAAUACUAUAAUUUAUAUAUAACUUUACUUGUUUACCGAUCCCUGUUUAAAACCGAUUUUUGAUUCCAAUGAUUAUUAUCUUCGUUUUCAGUAUUAAAACUGGAUUAGAACCCUAUGUAUCAGACUUGCCUGCACGUACAGCAGUAAUAUAUGAGCAAUAUUUCUGGUAGAUAAAUUGUGUUCAGAUAAAAAAAAUAAACAUCUUUAUAAAACCAUAAGCUUCUUCGCUCCGCUCAGAAUUUAAAAAAGCUGUCCUAGGAUAAUGCCGGGGUCGAGUGCAGCCACUGUUAUAGGUAAUUUAAUGUAUACCUGUAAGAAACGAUAAACCAUUGCUAACGAAAAAACAAUUCUAAGUGGAGUUUAGUUGAUAGUUAUGCUGUGUUAACAAUAUAUAUGUCAAAUUAUGGUAAAAUAAUUAAAUAGACAUUAUACAUUUUGUUAAAUAAUAUUUGUAUAAUGUACCGAUUUUUCCGUUUUGACCCUUUAUUUUUUCCGAUUUUUCACAUUUGUUGAGAAAACUGCUGGGGAAAUCAAUUAAAAUUACCCCUCAAAAGUACCUCCCCUAAUUGAUUUCCUUUUAGAAAAAGUGUUAUCAUUGUAAAUCAGAAUAAAAUGUUUGGUAGAAAAUUUGUCCACAAAAAAAAAAAAAACGUAAUAUUUUACUAAUAUAAUUCGUACACUUUCCCGUUUUUCCUCCGUUUUUUUUUUCAGUUUUUAACAUUUAAUGAGAAAACUCCUGAAAAUCAAAAAAUGACCUCUACUAAAUUACUACCCCAAGAAAAUUUCCUUUCAGAAAAGGGUCUACAUCGUAUACAUCGGAGUAAGCAUUCUAAUAGAAAAAAAGUUUACAGAAAAAAAAAAAUAAUCAUCUUUCUUCAUGUAUUGGUUUAACCAAUAAAUUCUUCGCUACACUUAAUAAUAUAAUAAUAAUUUAUAGAUAAUAAUAAUAAUAAUAAUGAGCACUUAAAAUAUCAUAAUCAAAAUCAGCAAUAAUAAUAAUGAGUAUUUCAAUAAUAAUAUUUAAAUCAGCAUCAUAAUAAUCAUCAAUACUUUUGUAACAUAAAUGAGCAAUAAUAUUAGCAUAAUUAUAACAAUCAUAAAUCAUAAUAAUAAUCAUCAACAAAUAUCACAAUCAGCAUUUUAAUAAAAUAAUCAACAACAAUCAUAAUUAUCAGUUAUUUAAGGGUAUUGUUGAUGAUUAUUAUUAUUAUUAUUGAUGGUUGUUAUAAGCAUGCUGAUUAUUAUUAUUAUUUAAGUGAUAAUUGUAUUUCUUAUUUCUUAUUAUGCUUCUUAUUAAAAUGCUGAUUAUGAUUAUGAUUUUUAAAGUGCUUAUUAUUAUUAUUAUUAUUAUUAUUAUUAUCAUCAUCAUUAUUUUAAACUCUGAGUGGAACAAAGAAACUUAUGGUUUUACAAAAAUGUUAAUUUUUUAAAACGGUUUUUCAAAUUUGGUGAGGAGGCUUCUGGGGAAUGUAUUACCAACAGAUUAUGUGAAAUUAAUAAAAGAACAUACUAAAUAUUGUUUAGAAAAUUUUGGGAUAUAAAAGAAGUUCUUGUCACACAUAUUAUGGUUUGUUUUAAAGUUUAUCUAUUAGAUAAAAAUGAAUCAAACCAAGGAAGAAGUAGAUUCGUAAACCUAUUUUUUGCGAGUUUUGUGAUUAAAUGAGUGUGAUUGAUCCUGUCAAAGACUUUCGCAUUAUAUUCCCGGUUUCCUCAGUUUUUUUUUUUUCGGUUUUUCAUAUUUAAUGAGAAAAGUCCUGAGAAAAUCAAAAAAUAACUUCCUCAAAGUACCUCCUCGAUCCGAUUUCCUUUUAGAAUAGUUGCGUACAGAUAUAAAAAAAAGUAAAAAUUUUUUAAAACCAUAAACUUCUUCGCUUCACUCAUAAUCUUAAAGACAUUUAUUUACGGUAUUUGUCCGUACACGAUAACAAUAUUAUUUAAAUAUUAUAUAACAUGACGUAUAUUGACGUCUCUUAUACACUUGAAAAAAUGAACUCCAUAGGUUCGGAUAGAAUAUAAAAAUCGAUUUAUAUUUACGUAUGUAAAUAUAUGUGCAUUUAUAAUUGAUUUUACAUCACCUCAGUGGUAUUCGUAUAGUCGUAAUAUUAUUAUGUAGAGAGCGCUCGUGCACAAUUUUCGUACAUAUUCACGGCAUAUCAUUAACUUUACCAUUUAUAAUAAUAUUGUAAUAUGUAUGCGUGUAUAUCAUCAUAGGCGUGUUGAGAAUUACGUGGGUAGAAAAUCGGGCACCAAUAUUUUUCAGGGAUCCCCGCCAUACAAGUGAGAACUUAUGGACAUCUUUUAAAAAUUUAAAAAUAAAUGAUUGCCCAUAUAAUUAUUGUCUUUUUGAACCAAUAUGACUCGUAACCUAAAUCUGACUUAAUUAUUAAGUUCAUAAUUUAAAUUUUCAAUUACAUAUUUAUUGUUUUUUAAUGAUUUGGAUAAUAAUCUUGUCUCGCUCCCCCCCCCCCCCCCCNCCCCCCCGUAAACACGCCAAUGGUAUAUAUUGUAUAUAUUCGUGACUGUGUAAACGCGUACUUGUACGUUAAUGACGAGUGUGUUUCAUUGCCUAUAAUGUAUGUUUUAAAACUGUGUUUAGUUUAACAAUCAUAUACCUAGCGGAUCGGCGUUAUGCCGCAAAGACAACUUGUGGCGAUAUUUGAAAUGCAUGAAGAAUAUUUUCGGCACUUCUCUGUUCGGAUUCAGGUAAUUAUUAUUAUUAUUAUUGAUGUUUCAGUGUAAUAUUAUAUUGACUAAUUUAAUAUGUCUAGUGCAGUGUUUUAAUGCUUCGGCGAUACCUAUAUCAUAUCGAAUCUGUGCUUUUUAUUUUUAAAUUUCAAAAAAAUAGAUCAAAAAUAACACAAUAAUAUAAGAUAAUCUCACUAUAAAUAUAAACAUAUAAGAUUACGACUGUUACACGCACGCGAGUGUUCGUAUUGCAUACGAUAAACGCCUACUGUAUUAAAAAAUAAUAACAAUAAUAAUAAUAACAAUAACUUACGUUGUUUAUAAUAUAUUCGAACAGUGUUGUUACAAUAUAAGGUGAGGGUAUACGAUAUGUUAUUAUAAAAAACACGAAUAUAAAACGUAGAUACACGUGAAACAAACAAAAUAUAUACUUACUAUUAUACGUGGGGGUAGGGGUGGAUUUACCUACGGAAGUUCGGUUACCAUUCGUGUGCUCGUUUAUCGUAAUUCAACGUUCUUAGAAGUAAAAAAAAAAUGGUUAGAUAAACAAACAGACGUAUUAUAAUAUUAGUUUCAAAAUAUAAAAACGCAUAUUAAUGCGGAUUUAUACAAAUUUCGAAAACUGUUUCGUUUUGUGUUUCAUCUAAAAAAACAAAGAGUUUAAUACAGUCUUAAACAAAUAAUAAUAUAAUGAUGAUAUCGGAUCGCUAAUAUUAUACAGCAGCUGUAUAUAUUUUGAUUUUAUUCUCCGUGUAUACUUCAGCUUGCGAGUCAUUGUCGUGACUAACCGCCGCAAUCAAGUCUGGUAAAUAGAUCAAACAUGACAUCCUGCAAGCUAAUUUUUCUCGUAUACCGAUAUAUUGUAAUAACAACUAGGUUACUAGGUAUGAUAAUAUUAUAAUAUAUUCAAAUAUAAUUAUAAAAUUUUGGAAAAAAAAACAAUAUAAAUAUAGAGUAAGUAUAUUUUGUGACCUUUAUGAAUAAAUGUUAUGCGCGGAAACCUAUAAUUUUUUUUAAGAAAUAAAAUAAUAUCAUAUUUACAAUACAAUGCAUAUUAAUUUAAAUGUUAUAAUCGAACGAAAAACAAACAGACAAUAUUAAUUAAAUUCGUGUUAAAAUGAAAAAUAAAACAUAUAUUAAUCCGGAACGUAAAAUAACGAAUAGAAUAGGGAAAUCAUAAUGUUUACAUCUUCAAGGUUGUUAGAAUACAUUGUAGUGCAACUCCAUCACUAUCAAAUUUAAUUGUUGAUAACGUCGUUCACUUCAUUGAUAAGGCAUUACUGUUCGUUUUCAAGGUCAUCUAGAGCCGUACGGCGGUAAUUUUAUUUCGAUUUUUAAUAAUGGAGUUGCACUUCCACGUAUUAUAACUACCUUGAUCAGACCCAAGAAAUAAAAAAUGUACAAUACGAUAUAUUAAGCAGAAUAAUUGAUGAUUUUGUAUCUUUACUGAAAACCUAUGGCUGUGACUAUUUUUCUCCAAAAUUGUGAUACCACAUUACAUUUGUCCACUUUUUCUCUUCCAUUAUACAAAAAUAAGAAAUUGUCACUUUCCGAAUAAUUUGUAUGCGAGUGGAGGGGGGCUUUAAAAAUAACAGAAAAUGAAUAAGACUUUUCUAUUAGUAAAUGGUUCUUGGUCCCUGUACGUCAAAACUUCCAACAGCUAAAUUGUACUCCGAUUAACCUGAUUUUUGAUCUGUUUCUGUUUCUACGACGAAAAUGUCGACCAUAAAAUGACCAAAAGUAAAAAUAUGUACUUAUCAUACGGUUCUUUCAGUAUGUGUAAUAUAAAUACCCCCUCUUUAAUACCUAUACUUAAUGUUCCCUGACCACUCGCUGCAGUAAUCAAAUGAGGUUUAAAAAAAAAAAAAAUCCAUUAAAUCGAAUUGAAAUAUGGCAAUCGUGAGACGGAAAAAAAUUAUAUAUAUUAUCCAAACUCGUAUUAUCGUGACAUUGGUUAUAUUAGCGCUUAUACGAAAGUUCUGUAAAACAAUCGUCCAAGCGAAUUACAAAUAUUUUCACCGCAAAUAUUAACAUAACAUUAUCUGCAUGCUGUUUGCAACUCACCUAUAAUUUUACUGCGCUCGUGAGUUAAUAAUGCAUGCACAUUACAAUAUAAUAUAACAGUGUAAGUAUACGGUACCUCCGCAUAUAACGUGUCGUGACCAAAAGCUACUGACACGGUAAGUUUUUCAUAAUGUACACAAUCGAAACGGGUCAUAAUUACAAAACAGUAGUGUAUUAUAGGUUUAUGUUGCGAAGACAAUAGUUUUUUUAAAUAAUAUAAUAAUACGCAAGUUAUGCUUUUAUAGUUACAACAACUACCGAACGAAGACUAAAUAUACUACGAUAUUGGACGUUGAAAAUGUUAUUUCGUUAAAUUCGAAUAUUGUGUAUUUGUGUCGAGUACAAAUCAACUUGAACUGCAUUGGUUUAACUUAUAGAAAGCCUAUACGUGUAAUCACAGAGUGGCUCGCAUACUGACGUAUUCUGAUUGGUUUAUUUAUAUCCACAAACAAAUAACAUAAUAUUGUUCUGCUAAUAUAUUUCUGCGUGCUGUUAGGUCACCUAUAUAUUACUUGAUAUGUAAACGCAAUGAUUAUCGAACGUCCAAAAUUAAAAUUAACAGUUUCCUAAUUUUCUAAAAUAGAAAUAAUAUUACGAAAACACGACAAAGCGUAAGCCAAAUAACGACAUAAAAAAAAAAAUAUUAUAUACUAUAGUUCGACGAUUUUAGCUAGGGGUAUAGGUGCAAGUAGACUUGAAUUUUAUUGAGGUGCCCACAAUAUAUUUGAGCACAAUCUCUUUCCUAAUAAUACAAAUAAUAAUAUUGUACUUCGAAUAUAUUUUUUUUUUAUAAAUUAUUUUACGGAACGUGAUACUUUAGAAAAAAUUACAUCUUAUUUAGUAACAUCACAUAAAAUACGGGCCCCUGACUCUGGGGCUUAAUAAUUGUAUAGCCCCUACAAAAAGAUCUGGAAGUACCAAGGUACACCCGGCUCGUCCGUCUUUGUGUAUAUUUUUGUUAGGUAAAAAAAGAAAAGACUGAGAGAAAAAUGACUCAGAACUUGUCGAUGUAUACGAAUGUAAUAUAAUGUUUUGCCUUUAUCAUAGAUUCUUCGCUCAAUCAAAUUUUGAUUAUCCUAUAUUAAGACCAAAGCUCGGAACUUUUAGCACUUAAAAUCCACAAAAAACGCGCUUAAAAAAAUAUUUAAUAAAGUAAAAAUGAGUUUUAAAAUUCCCCCUCAAGCGGCUUUAACUUAUAAAAUAUUAUUUUUUAACGUUUUCAAGCGCUUCUUUUACGGAUUUAAGUCCCGAACCCUGGUUAUAACACUAUUUACUUGAAUAUUGUAUAAAACGUAUUUAUUUUUUCAUCAGUUUUGGUCGAUGAAAAACAUAACAUUGACGCCGCAGUGUAUAGAUUUAGGGGCGAUCGUCGUCCCCUACCGUUGGCGUUCAUGCACGCAAUCCGCAUUCAGGUGUUUAUGUACGUCCCCUGUCGUUGCAUAUAUACAUUAUUAUUAUUGUACACGGUUAUACUUUUUAAGUCCCUUCGAUAAAUAAUACAAUUUUAUUUCACCGUGGCAUGUUAAAAAGUCAUAUAAAACACGCGGCCGGUUCUUUAUACCGCGCAGCCGAGUGCGGGAAAAAGCGCCUCACCCUUUGCUAAAAAAAAAAAUUUAUUUUUUCAUAUUCAAAUGUAUUUGAGAGCGGGCUAGGUAAAUAAUAGAGCUACGGGUACGUACGGAGAAACUAAAAGCCAUUUAUCGACUAUACAUUAUUACAAUACUAUAUAUACGGCCAUGUGUAUGUAUAUAUAAUUUUAAUUUUGAUAUACAAAAAUGUUGCGGCAUCACGGAAACUAUACCGCCGUCACAUUAUAACUUAUAUGCAUGAAUUGUUUCACAACAGUCGACUUAUAUAUACAUAUGUAUACAUCUUUUUUUCCCAGUCCAGAUUCGUACAACCUGCCGCUGGAGUAUACGAAAUUGGCCGCAGAAUGCAGUCACGACUCCGACAUGGGCGAAAAGUCCAUUUGGAUAUGCAAACCGGUGGGCCAGAGUCAAGGAAAAGGCAUAUCGUUGAUUUCGGUACGUAUAAACUGCAGACGCGCAACUCUAUGUGUAUACAAGUAUCGUGUAUUCGCAGUGCACGAUACUCGAAUAUUGUUCGUCACAAACGCGCAACAAGUCUGUCGGCAAAAAUAAACGUCUUAAAAUUAUAGAAAUAAUUAAAACGGAACGGAGAAAUAAUUUCACAUACUACGGCGGGGUAAUAAAAUGCGACCAUACGUUCCGUUUCCGAGCCAUGUGCCCCGUUAUCGCCGAAGAACGCAAGCAUUUUUUUUAAAAAAAGACGGCUGACGGGGUCAAUGCGCUCUAUCGAAAAACGACAUUUAUUAUUAUCAAUCGCAGCGAAAAAACCAAAAACGGGUUCCGUGCGCUCUGAAAAAUAUGGAAAACCAGUACACUGGACUGCACACGAUUUUCAUUAUCGAAUUUUCAUUUAACGAACAUAUUACAUUAUUUAACUAUAUCGUUUUGAAUUUAUUAUGAUAUUCUACACUGCGUUUUAUUUAUACCGUAUGUUUAUUCAUUUUACCGUUGUUCUAUGCGGAAAAUAAAAAAAAAAACAAUUGCCGAACCCCCGUUUGAUAAAAUGUACAGGCGUCCCGCUCUGAAGGAAACAAAUUACGGUCACGUUAUCUAUAUACAUACGACACGAGCGAUUGUAAAAUGCGUAUGACGGUUUAAAAAAAACUCACGAUGACGGCGGGGUGUUUGUUCGCAGCAAAUCGGCGAGCUCGUUUAUGAUACCAACAUUGUGGUCCAACGGUACGUCAAGAACCCGAUGCUGAUCGGCGGGUAUAAAUACGAUCUGAGGCUGUACGUGUUGGUCCCUUCGUUCCAUCCGCUCACCAUUUACGUGUACAGGGAAGGACUGACCCGGUUCAGCACAGACAAAUAUUCGCUGAACAACCUGGACAACCAUUUCGCGCACCUGACCAACAGUUCGAUUAACAAGCUAGGUCCGAACUAUUCGGAGACCAAAGAAAAAAUCGGACUCGGUAAGACUACUAUUGCAAUAAUAAUAAUAUAUUACUAUAGUACGCGUUCAUUUCCGGCCGGGUAAUUUGUUAACUGCAAAUGCAUUUUUCGGACGUUUGUUUUAUUAUUAUUUUUUUAACCGGCAUUCUGUAAACUCGACUGAUAACUAUUUGCCAUUGGACGCAGGAUGCAAGUGGACGCUCCAACAGCUCCGGCAACACAUACGUCAGGCCGGCGUCAACGAUUGGCUGUUGUGGCAAAAAAUAUCCGUCUUGGUCAGCCUGACAUUGGCCAGCCAGUGUACGGGCAUACCGAACACGUCCAAUUGUUUCGAACUAUACGGUUUCGACAUAUUAGUCGAUUCCGAUCUCAAACCGUGGCUUCUCGAAGUAAGUAUCGCGCAUAAAACCAAUAUUUUUUUUUCUCGAAAAUAUUAAAAAUAACGCUGAAUGUUGUUAUUCCAACGAAUAAUUCGCAUUCGAAGGUGUGUCCGGACCGGACCACGGUUAAAUCUACUCGGAUUGGUGGACUCCAUGUUAUCGGUGGUCUAUGUGGCGUCGUAUUGCACUAAUAGCGCUAGUGGUCAGAAGGUCUACUUUUACACGUGAAAGAUUAUACCCCUUUUCGUGAUUAUUUAGUUAUAGUUAAUAAAUAGUUACAUUUUCAAGGAUCUAUUAUACAUGUUUUUUAUAAAAAACGAUAAGCACUUAAAAAACGUUUUUGUUACGAAUAAUAGGUUUUUUGAGAUAUCAACAAAUCUAGUAUUCUUACCGUACCUAAAAUACACUAAAGCACAAAAUAAACAGUUUUUUUUUAUAAAUAUUGAUAAUUUUUGUACCUAAUGAUAACUUAAAUUUCAACACGAUAACAAACCGUAGACAGCUUACUAAAGUAUUAAAACAACUGUGAUCACGGACCACGGUUAUCUAGAACUAUACUCUGAUUCGUAGGAAAAACAAUGUGCUUAUUAUUUUCUAUACAAAAUCAGUUGGAUGUCAACAUUCGUUCCGAAAACUAUAUUUUAUAUUAAACGUUUGUGCUUUGUUAACAUAAUAUAUACAAGUAUAUGCACGUGAGCGAAAGGUUCCAAUUGUACACUAACAAUAACUAACAGGAUUCGGCUAGAAUUUAGACUAAAGUGCGUUCGGACCUAGUCGACUUAGUCAAAUGAAGGCAACCGAAUACUUCGCUUACUAGUUACUACGUUUGUCGAUUCGAUUUGGAUACGAAAUCGGUACGUUAUUUAAACUCUAACCGAAAACUCUGUUGGUCCACAAUGGGGGACCCUUCGUUUACGAGCGAAUAUUUAAAAAUGUAAAAUAUUGUGUUCGGACCUAAUGUCAACAUUCAUAUGAAUAUCAACGAUUCAUGUCCAAAUUAGUUAACAAAAAUCCUUGGCGUGCCUCUGAUCGAUCGAAGGUACAUUAACAUUCGUUUGGUUGUGCUGUCUAAGGGGACGUGGUACCCACGCGGGAGCGCUUUGCGUUUGGGCGAGUUUCUGAAAAUUGCAUUGUGUUUGAGAAAUUUCCCAUAAUGCGUUUGGGCGAGUGAUUUUAAAUUUUAGUAAUGUGUUUGGGCGAAUUUCCAAAAUCCAUUUUCCCUCUCAUUUUGACAGACUUGCAAAUGUCUGUGAAUUUCACGAGUAUGAUUGAACAUUUUCAUUCAAAAUGCAUCGUUUAUUUCGUUUUUUAGUAAACGUGUUUUCAAUUUUAAGAUCCAUAUUUGGUGCACUUCUCGUAAUAAUUGAUAACGAGUUCACGUUUCCAAUUUUCGAAUAAAACUAAUAUUUAAAAAACUAUAAUUUUUAAGUUUAGAUCAAUAUAAUAUUGUUACGAGAAAAUUACAAUUUUUGCUAUUUUAUUAUCUGAUUGUCGGUCGAGAAAUACUAAUUGUGAAAAUAUUUUAUGUGUUGGUAAUUUAUAACACGUUUGGUAAAUAUUUUAGAUUCUGAGUGGAGCGAAGAAGCUUAUGGUUUUAUAAAGAUAUUUAUUUUUAUUUUUUUUAUUUAUUUAUUUAUUUAUCUGUAAACAACUUUUUUCCCAAAACCUUGCUCGGAUUUCUAAAUGUAGCACCUUUUCUAGAAAAAAAAUUGGUAUGGAAAGGUACUGUAAGGAGGUCAUUUUUCGAUUUUCUCAAGAGUUUUUUCCUAAAAUUUGAAAAAUCGAAAAAAAAAACAGAAAAAUGUACGAAAUAUAUUACUAAAAUAUUACGAUUUUUUUUUCUGUGAACAACUUUUCUACCAGCAAUUUUCAUCCAACUUUUAAUGAUAACAAUGUUUCUAAAAGGAAAUUUCACUAGAGAGGUACUUUUUUGAUUUUUUCAGGAGUUUUCUCAGCAAUUGUGAAAACCAGGAUAAAACAUGGGAAAAAAGUAGGAAAACUGGGAAAAUGGGUACAACAUUAAACAAAUAUUAUUAAAGAAAAUAUGUAGAACAUUUUUAAUUACUUUACUAUAAUAUGACAUAUAUAUUGUUGACAGUGUAUCAUUAUCAACUGAACUCCGCUCAGAAUCGUUUUUUUCGUAAGUAAUGGCUUAUCGUUGCUUACACAUAUACAUUAAAUUCCAGUCCGUAUCCUACAUUCCCAACUUUUCAUCUACAUCAGUGGUUGCACCCGUCUCCAUUAUCUUACCUUUUUUAAAAUUUUAUCUUUUUUUUUUACGUUGUACUUAUCCUACUCGCCUAAACACACAGUUUUUAUUAUAUGUGAAAAAAGAUAAUUCACCCAAACGUAUGAUGCGUGCGCUGUUUCAUCCAGCUAUCAGCUAACGUAUCAAAAAAAAUUUGUAUGCAACCUAAGUAAUUGAACUCACUCAAUUUCGGUUUUAGAGUAAAAGCACUUAUUAUAAAACUAUAAAAAUGGACAAUAGUCUUGUGUUCCGGAGUAUUGUUCUUUAUUAAAGUUAAUAACAAGUGCUUUUGCUCUAAAAUCAAAACAAAGCGAUUUCAGUGUUGUCUGCGUACUACUGUGUUUACUAUAUCUUGUGUUUGUUAGACAGAAACAAUAAAUGCGUGACGUGUAACAUCCUCUUAAACCAACAUCACCUAAUCAUUUUAUUCGCGUGUUCCUUCGUUUGCCUUGGUCGCGUAUAGUCGGGACGCGGCUUUAUGCGAGUUCGUAAACUUAUUUGCGAUUUUUUAAUCCGGGAAUAAAAAAUUAACAAAAAAAACGUUUAGCUGGAUAAUUUCCGUGCUGUACAAAAAACAUGUUAAAUGUGUACAUGCACACACACACACACACACACCUCUGUGUUACAAUAACACCGCGGUGCGUUUUAUUAUUCCUAAUUUUCCUGUCGGUUAUUUUUUUUUUUUUUAUUAUAACGGUCCCGUACAAUUUCAUUGACGUUAGACACGAGCUGUGUAGCUAUGUAGAUAGGUACCUCUAUGUAGAUACGCGGGAGAACCAAACACGUAACACUGGCGUCAAUACUUUUGGUGAUAGCGUUCGUUUGAAAAACAUUUCAUUUAAUAAUAAUUAUAACCUUUUAUUGACCUUGAAAUCUAUAUCGCUACAAUUUAAUUAUUUCGACAAAAGUCUGGAUGGAACGAAAAUAAUGGUAGGUACUACCGCUAACUGGUGCGUGUUAAAUAGUAUAUCGCACGAAAAUGCGAUUUAAAAAUUUUUAUCGAGUUUGAAUUUAGUUUCUCUUUAGUACCUAGUCGCCAAUUGCCAAGUUGCCCCGUGAAAAUUAGUAAGAACAUUAACAAAAAAAAAAAAAAAAAUACUUUCUGCAAUUAUAUAAUUUUGCUCCCUCUAUGCUAUAAAGUAAAUGAUAAACCUUUAUGAACAGCAAAAUACCCAUAUUAUGGUUUCUAAAAACCCGUAAAAAUUGAUUAUAAUUCUGUGAAACCACUAAUCACUACGCAAAUUGCGUGUGAUUCGAUACCUACGUGAUAAUCAACAAUCUUCGGCAACAGCAUAUUAUAAUACAAGCGUCUACAGAAAUUUAAUUCGAAUUUUGUUUUUAUUUUUAAUAUGUUUGUACCCGAGGAUGUGCUUAAGUCAGGGCUCGAAAUGAACGGCAAUGCAAUUCUGAAUCGGAUCAUCACAAAGAAAAAAAAGUGCAUAAUUUUUGUCCACAAAUCAUAAUAUUACCGUACCAUUAGUAUUAUAUAUGUAUUUAAAAGACAAUAAUACAUUCAAUACAUUUUUCAUUUCGAGCACUGGUGGACGAGUAAAAAAAAUAACACGGACAGAGUGGAGGUGAGCGCUUUCCCUAUCUACUUGUGUCGGGGUUAUCACGGCGGAAAGUCUGAUCACAGGACGGCGUCACUAUCUGUAGUCACACCGUUUGUAUUUUCCCCCCCCCCCCCAUCCCCAUUAGCAAAACAGUUCUUGCGCCUCUGCCGGAACUUGACCGCGUCUAACCUGAUCUAAUCGUUUGUCGACGGAACGUUGUACAGGUGAACCUGAGUCCGGCGCUGGGCAACGAUUGCGACGUGGACAACCAGGUGAAAAAGCCACUGCUGCACGACAUGUUCGACUUGCUCGGACUGCCCAUGUGCAACACCGGCCUGUCGCUGUUCCGGAUGGCGUAUCGGUCGGCGUCGGGCCCGCGGUUUGGCGGAGGCGGCGAAAGCGAUGGCCGGCCGUCCGCGUUGGCCGCCGCGGCAACGGAAAAAUGGAAAUUGAAGCGGAUGACGAACAGUCGCAACAACAGCCAGAACAAUAACAACAACAGCAGCAUCAAUUCUACGAAAAAAGACACAACGCCUGCAAUAGUGACGUCCACGCAGGUGGUACAGCCGCCGCCACCGCGUCUAUCGUCCGUGUACGGUCCAGGCAAACAACGCACCAGCGGUGGCGGGACCGUACGACCGGGGACCGUGUCGCCGGUGUGGGGCAACGGUCGAGAUUGGACCAGACCCGUCGACUCGGAGGGCGACUGGGUACGGGUGUUCCCGUUCGCGCCGGACAUGACGGCCGCGCGAUCGCCGCAACUGCGGUCCGGCGGCGGCGUCCGGACGUCGUCGUCUUUUCAACAGUUCGCCAGACCCGCGUCGUCGUCGUCGGCGGACGAGAAGAACAACACGGCUCGCGCCAUGAUCAAAAACAUUCAAGAGUACUUGCGGUGUUGCAAAAAAGUGGCCAGAUCGUGCGAGGGCCUGACCGCCGUGUCUGACGACGAGCUGAACGACAAACUCAAAGACCUGUUCCCGGCAGUGACGAAAACGUGGUUGCCACCCAACUAA